AACAGGUGCAACCUCGGGAAGGCCAACGACGAUGGCACCGCUGACGACGCUGCCCGAGGUGCCAGCCCAUCACACGCGCCUGUACCUCUGCCGCCACGGCGAGACGCAGUUCAACGUCGACGGCUGCUUCCAGGGCAGUGGCAUCGACAGCGUUCUCACCGCGCACGGUGCAGCGCAAGCACACGCGCUUGGCCUUGCGUUUCGCGACAUUCCGCUGGAUGCUGUCUUCUCAAGCACGCUCUUGCGGGCCAAGGCGACGGCCGCGCAGAUCCAGCGGCACCACGCGGUCACGGUCACGACGGGCACGAUCGAUGGCAUCCAAGAAAUGCACUUUGGCGCAUACGAAGGCAAGCAGCUCGAGUCGCACCAAGCCGAGUUCCAUGCCGUCGUCGACAGAUGGGCGGCCGGGGACCUCGACGUCGCGUGGCCCGGCGGUGAGUCGGCGACCGGCGUUGCGGCGCGGGGCACCACCGCGCUGGAAGCGCUUCUGCGGGCGGCCCCCGAACGGCGCCACGUGGCCGUCGUGUGCCACAGCCGGUUCAACCGCAUCGUCUUGGCAUCGCUUGUGCAUCAGGAUCUACGUGCGAUGGCGCACAUCGUCCAAGACAACACGUGCGUUAACGUCCUCGACUACGACCACGCGACGCGCUCGUUCCACGCCAUUCUCAUCAACAACACGGACCAUUGGCGCUACCUUGCGACAUCAUAGAUGGAUGUCUGCCUCGUUUCGUCAUUAAUAACUCGGAGUAUGCGACGACGAGCUCUCAUAGCUGCUGUGAUGCUUUGUGUCACGUCGUUAUGGUAAUUUAGACCAUGGGUAAUCUGUGC